AUGUUUUGUGAGUACAAAAAAUAUCAAUUUGGUGAUAAAAAAGAAGUUAGCGCUGAAGAAUUUAGUGCAUACCUCAAAGCUGAACAUUAUGACCCGAGAUUAAAUGAGUUACUUUAUCCUUCACCUUCUACAGAAAUAGCUCAAUUAUUAAUUGAUGAAUUAAGCGAAAUGAAUGGUAAAUACUUGACUAAAGAAUUAUUUUUAAAGUUCUUGCUAAGCCCUUACAACAUUGCAAUGCAUCGAGACCAUUUAGUACUGAAGGAAGAAGACAUGCAUAAGCCACUGUCGCAUUACUUUAUUAACAGUUCACAUAAUACUUACUUAAAAGGUUAUCAAGUAAAUUCGAAAAGUUCUGUAGAAAUGUAUCGCUAUGUGCUGUUAGCUGGAUGCAGAUCUAUUGAGCUGGACUGCUGGGAUGGGUCAAAUGGUGAACCCGUUAUCACCCACGGACCUUGUCAAUUGACCCGGGUUACUCCUAUAUUAUUUAAGGAUGUGAUAAUAGCAAUUGCAGAAACAGCUUUUGUAAUAUCUGAAUUUCCUGUAAUUUUAUCACUAGAAAACCAUUGCUGCAUAAAGCAACAAAAAAAAAUAGCUUUAUAUUGUCGUGAAAUUCUCGGAGAUUUACUACUCACUGAACCAUUAAGCAGUUAUCCGAUUAAACAAGGCAUCAGUUUACCAUCACCAAAUGCACUCAGACGAAAAAUUUUGAUCAAAAAUAAAAAAAUUAAUGAUUCACUAACAGAUUACUCUUUUACUCGUUCAAUUACUGCUGACUUAAUUCAAAAUCAAGUAUCACUGGAUUCAUCAAUCAGUGAUAAAGCAUCAAUAUCAAACAGUAUUGUCGAAAGUGACCUCAGCGAAAGUGAUAGCAGCGAAAAAGAUGAUAAUAUUCAGCAAGCAAGCAGCUCAGAUCCUUUAAUGCCAGCAUCACAAAAUUCACAGAAAGAAUCACAGUUAGUUGCACGAGAACUAUCUGACCUCGUGAAUUAUAUGCGUUCGAUGGGAAAGUUCAAGUCAUUUGCUGAUUGCAAAAACAAGCAGAUGAGCAGUGAUAUAUUUUCACUAAACGAAUGUCGUGCUUAUGAGUUAGUAAAACAAAAUCCAGUAGAUUUUGUGGAUCAUAACAAACGUCAAAUCACACGUGUCUACCCUAAAGGAAAACGUGUUGAUUCUAGCAAUUUUUGGCCUAUUAAAUUUUGGAAUUGUGGUUGUCAAAUGGCAGCUAUUAAUAUGCAAACAUCAGAUAUUCCAUUUCAAAUGAAUGCCGCAUUAUUUGAACUAAAUGGACAUUCGGGUUAUAUACCAAAACCAAAUUUAAUGCGUAAAGCUGAUGCAAAAUUUGAUCCAUUCGAAACCCGGCGAAUGGAUCUUGUUGUGCCUGCAUACCUUUCUAUAACUGUAAUUUCUGCUCAAAUGCCAUCAUUUGCAUGUGAAAAACGAUCAUCAACGUAUGUAGAAGUUAAUUUUUAUGGUCAUUUUAAUGAUUUAGCUCAAUUUUCAAAACGAAAAUGUCGCACAAAAACUAUUACGGAUAAUGGAAUUAAUCCCAUAUAUGUGAAAGAUUUCUGUGAAGAAGAUUUUAAGUUUGAUAAAAUAAUAUUUCCUGCUAUGGCUUCAAUACGUUUGGCUCUCUACGAAGACAAUGGUCGACUUGUCGGAUAUCGUUUUUUACAUGUUAGAUCGAUUCAGCCGGGAUUUCGGCAUAUUCCGUUAUGCAAUUCUUACAGUCAUCCAUUAGGACUUACGUCUCUCUUCGUUUUGUUUCAUGUACGUGACUACGUGGACGAAGAAAGCAUUGACUUGGUAAACGCACUUCAAAAUCCUAUUUGUGCUGUAAAAGAACAAAUGAAGAGUGAAGAAGCAGUUUCUGCUGCACUGAUUAAUCCUGUCGAUGCAUUGAAGCAAAGGGAAAAAAUGCUUCUAGCAUUAGAAGAAAAUGAAGCACAAUCAUUUAGCAUGGAUUUAACUCCGGGAGAUAUCACCGAAGAAAGCAAGCAAAUUAAUGGGAUUGAUCGUGAUCAGAUUUUGGAAAAUACCAAUGAACUGCCUCAGAAAGCAAAUUAUACAAAUUUGAGAAGUAACUCAGAGACAAAUUCGAAUAUACUUGAAGAUAGCAAAAAGCGAUCCAGUUUUGAUAAAUAUGACUUGUCAGAAAAAUUGAAAGAACGGUUUUAUUUGGAUGAUAUGGAAAUUAAAUUGUUAAGCCUAGCUGAAUUAGCAGCUAGCCAAAAAGUCGUAAAAUUGGAAAAGAAUUUCAAGAAAAAACAUCGAGCAAUCAUAGAGAUUCUCAGUGCUUGUUCCCAACAAAAGUCAGCUGGUCCUACAGUUAAUCCAUCAGCUGACUCAUUUGACAUUUACGCCAAGUAUGAAAGAGAGAGAACAGAAUUGAUCUUAUCACUCGCUGAACAGAAUAAGAAGAAGUUAUUGAAGCGACUUGAUAUGGCUCACAGAUAUGAAUCUAAGCAGUUAACAAAGCUGAAUCAUCAGAAACGUCACGAAGAGCAAUGUAAAUGCACUCAUACUAAAGGAGUUGAUGACUUACGUGAAAAAUACGUGGAUCUCGGUGUGAAGGAGCAAAGAAGAUUAAAUAAAUCCAGAGAGAAACGCGUGAAGGAACUCGAUGACAGUUUUGAACUGCUCAAACGGAGCAUUGAAACAGAAAUAGAACAGAGAUUGAAGAAUGCUGCUUCUGUGUUCUACAACUGA